AUGAACAGAAGGGGGCACCUGUCCAAGAAGAUCCCACAGGUCAAGAUUCGGCCUGCCCCAGCACGCUCGGGAGAUAACCGCCAGGCGUCACCCGAGCGUGGAUGGGAUGAAGAGCGGGAGGAGAUUGAUAUUGCUCAAGAGGAUCAACUGCAACGUCAGUCUAGAAGGAAUGCUAAACCUUGGAAAGGCGUACACCUCACCUUCACCGGUGUCGAGAACAAGGCACACUUGAUGGGUCUUGCAAGAGAGCUGGGAGCCAUUACAGAAUCAGCACUAACUAAAUCCGUGACCCAUGUUGUGGCUGUUGCCUGUCAAUCCGCCAAAUACCAUUAUGCCGUCGAGCAUAGGAUCCCAGUGAUGACCCCCGUGUGGAUAGAAGAUGCUCAUGCUGUAUGGCUGGAGGGCAACGACUUUGACUUUUGGGAGAUGCAGGAGGCGCACAGGCUUUUACCGUUUGAAGGGUUGCGGAUAGCCAUGUCGGGCAUCGAGCACCUCGAUAGGCGGCGCCAGAUUGUCGACCUGAUCAAUUACAACGGCGGGAUAUACUCUAAAGAUCUCGACAAGGAGUGCACCCACCUCGUCUCGUCGAAACCCGCCAUGGAGAAGCGUCCAUCCGAAAAGAUCAAAUGGGCUCUCCGCAACAUUGCCGACAACGAAGCCGCCAGAAGAAGAGGCAACAAGAUUAGUGAGGACGCAGACAUCAAAAUCGUCUACGAGGAGUGGAUUUGGGAUUGUGUGGCGUACAAGGGAAGAUGGAAGGAGACAAUGUACGACGCGAGGAAGCCAAGAAGAGGGGGAAGGGUAAAUCCAACGGAUGUGAUUAACGACACGGUCAACCUAUCUGAACCCGAACGUCGGGUCGUACUUGAAACCGCUGUCAACCUUCCCGACAACUUUGACGCCUCCGAGCCCGCUGCCAUCAAACGUCGCAAAGAGAAAGGUCUCGAUUCUCUUGUGGGACAAAUCAUACCGGGGAUCAGCAAUAGAGGGGGAAGUGGCAGAAGCACUCCUAAAAGAGCUUCUCCCGAUGUUGAAGAGGAGCCACUGGCUAAAAGGCCAAAGACUGUCAAGUCCUCAAUGGCGCAUCUGUCGCGGACUACUUCGUUUGCUGCCGAAGCUGAACGCAAACCGCCAGCUCGAUCAAAGUUUUCAUCACCCCCUGAUCCCUUGCUGGACACCAGUGCAGACCCUAGUCUAGUCCAGGUGUUUGAAGGGCUCAAGAUGGUCAAUCGCGCAGAUGGCAUCUUUGACCAAGUAAAUUCACAUCUUGGUAUGAGAGGCGCCAUCUUGGUCAGUUGGUCAGAGUUCAAUGCAGGGCUAGAAGUGGACUAUGUCAUUGUCAGGAUGGAUUUCAAGGGAGUGCCGGAACAGCAACAAUCAGGCCAGACUAGAUGGGUCACGGAGAACUGGGUGGAGUGCUGUGUGACCGAAGAAGCUAUCGUUGAUCCGAACAGCGAUAUAUUCUAUCGCCCGCUGACUUUCCCCACCCCCCUUCCUGCGCUCGGAUUCAGUCUGUCAGAAUCCGCUGCUUCACAAGAAAUGACCCAUCUCGUCACCAACCAAUCAAACACACAAAAGAUGCGAAGAGCUAGUCGAAUAGGCGCCAAAAUUGUGUCGAUAGAAUGGAUCCAGAAAAUGGCAGAGACGGGGAAAUUGGAACCCUGGGAAGACUACCAGUUGACGCUUCCGAAUGCCUUGAAGCCGCGAAUGAGCAACAAUGCGGACGUGACUUCAAGCAUGUCGAUCGCCUCUAAUGGUGAUCUGGACCGUCUAAAGAUUGUCUCCAAGACUGCUCGCGAACAAGCGGCGUCCGCUGCUGGACCAUCAAAUGGUGCUUCAUCUUCCGGUGCUGAGACCGCUCGAGCUCUUCGUCCGCACUCGACGCACAUCGAUAGAGCGUCACCCGAAAAGAAGGACAAGAUGGAGGCCCCCGCCCAUCCUGUCCCUUCAGCCGGUGGCUCUGCUCGCAAAUUGCCAACGGGCAUUUAUUCACUAUCUCCCGAGAAGCAGUCGACGCUUUCGAGAGCCGAAUCUUCACCCCUCAAAGCCGCCAAGUCCUCUCCCAUAGUUUCCACCGCCGCUUCACCCUCAAUAUCCAUCCACAAUCCCUCCCCAGCCAAGUCUGCAUCCUCCCGAGCCGCGAGUAAAUCUCCAGUCAAGCCGUCCGAACUGGAUAUCGCAGAUGUCGUUGGCGAGAACCGAGUGCUGGGCCAGAAGGAGAGCAUGACGGAGGUCAUGAGACGUUUAGCAGAGCGCCCUAGUGGGUCCGCCACAAAGAAUCCUCCCAGAAGAGCGCGUCCUUCUGCAAGGUUAAAGACGACCGCAUCCAGGUCUCCAGCUGUCAACUCACCGGCUUCCAACAGCGCCGCGGGUGCAAACCCCUCACCUCUCUCACGCCCUGCCUGGGAGGAAGAGUCUAUGCAGUACCCGGACGAUCCUCUGCGUGAUCUUGCUCUGGGACAAGCAGAAGAGUCUAUGCAGGUAAUGCACAUGGACCCUGCGGGAGACAAGGCAAAGAGACGGCUGUAUGCGCUGCUGAAAAAGGGAGAAGAAAGUACGUAG